AUGUCCGGCAGCAUCCCUCCCCCGCGUUGUACAAUUGUCCGGCAGAUCCCCUCCGCCCGCGUGUACCUGUCCGGCAGCACCCCUCCGCCCCGCGUGUUACAUUGUUCCGCAGAUCCCCACACCCGUGUAACAUGUCCGGCAGCAUCCCCCUCCGCCCGCGUGUACAUGUCCGGCAUCCCCUCCAGCCCGCGUGUACAUGUCCGGCCGCAUCCCCUCCGCCCAAGUGUACAUGUCCGGCAGCAUCACCCUCCGCCCGCGUGUACAUGUCCGGCAGCAUCCCCUCCGCCCGCGUGUACAUGUCCGGCAGAAUCCCCUCCGCCCGCGUGUACAUGUCCGGCCGCAUCCCCUCCGCCUGCGUGUACAUGUCCGGUCGCAUCCCCUCCGCCCGCGUGUACAUGUCCGGCAGCAUCCCCUCCGCCCGCGUGUACAUGUCCGGCCGCAUCCCCUCCGCCCGCGUGUACAUGUCCGGCAGCAUCCCCUCCGCCCGCGUGUACAUGUCCGGCAGCAUCCCCUCCGCCCGCGUGUACAUGUCCGGCAGCAUCCCCUCCGCCCGCGUGUACAUGUCCGGCAGCAUCCCCUCCGCCCGUUGUGUACAUGUCCGGCAGAAUCCCCUCCGCCCGCGUGUACAUGUCCGGCCACAUCCCCUCGCCCGCGUGUACAAUGUCGGUCGCAUCCCCUCCGCCAGCGUGUACAUGUCUGGCAACAUCCCCUCCGCCCGCGUGUACAUGUCGCCUGCCCGCAUCCUCCCCGCCCGCGUUUUUUGUACAUGUCCGGCAGCAUCCCCUCCGCCCGCGGUACAUGUCCGGCCGGCAUCCCCUCCGCCCGCGUGUACAUGUCGGCAGAUCCCUCCGCCCGCGUGUACAUGUCCCGGCGCAUCCCCUCCGCCCGCUUGUUACCCCUGUCCGGGCAGAUCCCCUCCGCCCCGUGUGUACAUGUCCGGCAGCAUCCCCUCCGCCCGCGUGUACAUGUCCGGCAGCAUCCCCUCCGCCCGCGUGUACAUGUCCGGCAGCAUCCCCUCCGCCCGCGUGUACAUGUCCGGUCGUAUCCCCUCCGCCCCGCCCGUGUACAUCCGUCGGCCGCAUCCCUAGACAUCCCCUCCGCCCGUGUGUACAUGUCCGGCAGCAUCCCCUCCGCCAGCGUGUACAUGUCCAGCCGCAUCCCCUCCGCCCGCGUGUACAUGUCCGGCCGCAUCCCCUCCGCCCGCGUGUACAUGUCCGGCCGCAUCCCCUCCGCCUGCGUGUACAUGUCCGGCCGCAUCCCCUCCCCCCGCCCGCGUGUACAUGUCCGGUCACAUCCCCUCCGCCCGCGUGUACAUGUCCAGCCACAUCCCUAGGCAUUCCUUCUGCCCGCGUGUACAUGUCCGGCCGCAUCCCCUCCGCCCGCCUGUACAUGUCCGGUCGCAUCCCCUCCGCCCGCUUGUACUAG